AUGGCGCCUCAACCAAAGUCUGGAAGACGCACUAACAGUGCUAUCGCAGUUAAGGAGACAGCUGCAUCGUCGCGUCCGAGACGUGUAGUGAAGGAAUUAGUGAAGGAUGUUGAUGAGACUCCCGUGAAACGCGUUGCAAAGCGUGCAACUGCAUCAAAAACUGCAAAAGGAGCACAGACAACUACUGCUGCCAAGGGUGCAACCACCAAGGGAAAGGUUGGAAGGCCGCCUAAAAGGAAGGCUGGCAAAGUAGCACUUGAUGAGCCUGCACCUGCUAAUACUGGCCGUAAACGGACAAAGACGACCAAGUCCGAAGCCAACGGAAAGAAAGAAGAGCCUGCCAAGGUGGUGAUCAAUGAGACCGAAGAAGCUGAAGAAGCUGAAGAAGAUGAGGAUGGUGAUGCUCGUGAUGAUAAGUCUUACUGGCUUAUGAAAGCUGAGCCGGAAUCGAGACUUGAGAAGGGUGUUGACGUUAAAUUUUCAAUCGAUGAUCUACGCGAAGCCACAGAGCCUGAGGCCUGGGACGCUCGGAAUCAUAUGCGCACCAUGAAAAAGGGUGACUUGGCAUUUUUCUAUCAUUCGAACUGCAAGGUCCCGGGUAUUGCUGGCGUAAUGGAAAUCGUCAAGGAGCACUCUGUGGACGAGUCUGCUUUUGAUCCGGCUCAUCCGUACUAUGAUGAGAAAUCCAACCGUGAUAACCCAAAGUGGGAGGUUGUACAUGUUGAAUUCAGACGCAAGUUCAAGAGCCUCGUCAAGUUGACCGAACUCAAGUCUUUUGCGAAGCCCGGCGGGGCCCUAGAAAACCUUCAGAUGAUGAGACAAUCCCGUUUGAGCGUGUCUUCCGUGACACCAAAGCAAUGGAGAUUCAUCAUGAAUUUAGCUGAAGAAGACGAAGAAGACGAAGAAGACGAAGAGGAGAAUGACAGAAAUGAGGGAUCCGUCAAGAAAGAUGAGGAUAACCAUGGAGAAAGCAAGGUUGAAAACAGCCAUGGAGAAAAUAAGGAAAGCAACUCUUGA